AUGGGGCUACAGCGAGCUGUCCGGCAACCCUUGCAAGAAGAACAGGGGUCCGUGUGCUGCUCGUCUGAAGAGGAAGACGCUGCAGACAUGGCUCUGCGCUUUCGGGUGCGGACACAUAAACACCAGCUACAGCAGCACGAAGGGGACGGGGGUCCCCGGCUGCAGCACGUGGUGGACAAACCGAUUGCUUGGGGCCCCACUGUGAUGCCGCUAGCGUCUGUUUUGGGAGAUUCGGAGGGGGCAAAGACCGACAAAGACCUCAAGGGCAAGAGACACAGAACAGACAUACAGGGCACCAGAGACAGCUUCGAGCUGAAGGGCGUCUUCUCCGUAGAUGAGUGCCAACGUCUCGUGGAAGCAGCAGAGGCUCAGGGCUUCGAAUAUUGGGCCAAAGAGGCAGACGAUUUCUCCUGCAGUAGCGUCUCCGACAGGAAAAAUGAAUGCCACAGCAGCAGGGGCAGCAGCAGCAAUGGCGCCAACAGCAACAAGAACAACGGCAGUAACGGCAGCAGCAACAGUGGUGGGAGCAGCAGUGUGAGUAAACGCGCAAACCAUAACUACCGGUCGGCUCACACACUCGAAGUGGAGCAUUCGGAUCUCGCAGACCUGAUUUGGGUAGGUGUUCCCGAGUAA